AUGAGUCCGCCCAGGUCGAAUCCCGAACAAGUUCCCCCAAGAUCCCAUCCUGUCCCAACUAGAAGCGCAUUUGACUUAGAGGGGUAUAUUGAACAAGGUCGUUUGGCCCUCGAAAGCCUGCGAAUAAGUUUCGAAUGUGAAAGAGCAGCUUUCGCAGAGGAGCGUAAGCUGUGGGAAAAGGAGCGCUGUAUCAUGCAGCAAAGAAUCGCGGAGCUUGAAGGGCCAGGUGGCAAAGCCGGCAAUGCAGCAGCAACAGGGCCAAAGGUCAACCUUUUCAAAGGACCCCAGGCGGAAGAGCAGCAUCACGUAUGGGAAGGCUCCAGUCCGACAGCUAGACCCUCACGGGUAUUCCCAGGAGAUGUGCCGCAGGCGGAACCCGAAUCAGAAGGGCCCGGGUUAUCCCCGUCAUUAGACGAUGCACUGUCCCCUAGAUCUCGUCCGAUUGACCGAUCUGGCCACGUACCCGUUCCAAUUGAACUCGUAGACAGCUCAUUGGAUGGUAUAACACUGAAAUCUACAGCACUACCACCCGAUAUCGCUGCCAGAGUCUCCCCGCCGAUCUUGACAAGUUUCGGGUCUCGUGAUACCGCGCCUUUCCAUAAGCCAGUGGACACAGAGCUCAACCCCGGCUUGCCAUCGCAGGAACCACCCUGCUUAGCGUCCCCUCUCGGCGGCAUCCCAAGUGACACAUAUCGCACUCCAAUGGUACCUCUCGAUCAAGCUGUGGAGACUAUGUUUCCUUUCCCUAUCGCCGAGUCAAUGCCUAACGAAUCGCCUCAUGCUCCAUUCCCAUCACUUUUUCCAGUCGCGAGCCUCGACACAGCUCACUACCACAAGGAGCUGGAUGACGAUCCCGCUCUCCAAGGCACACUGGGUUUACAGAAUGACAUCGAGCAGGAUUUGGAAUUCCUCGAAGAGCUAGACGAGAAACUCUUAAAGGAAGCUCAGAGAGCUCUAUCUCGACCCUCUCUCUCAUCGGACGAGGAAGAUGGGCAAGAUGAUGGAGAGCCGCCCGAACCGGAGCCAGAAAUAAGGUUCAAGCGCAGUACGAACUUUGGGAGUGCCUUUGGAUCAACGCAACUUGGUUCAUAG